AUGCGGGUCAGGAUCCCCUGGUGGCAGCCUGGGGUCUUGAGCAAAGGAGUCUACCCGCAGCCCCCUAGCCUCCCUGAGGCGCCCUUAUCCCAGGGUGCUUCCCUGAUGAGUAUGGGCUUUAUCUUUUCAGACAACCGCCAAAUAGGGUCUGGUGGUAGUCGCUCUUCUAAAACUUUUAAACCAAAGAAGAACAUUCCAGAGGGUUCUCACCAGUAUGAGCUCUUAAAACAUGCAGAAGCUACACUUGGCAGCGGCAACCUCCGGAUGGCUGUCAUGCUUCCUGAGGGGGAAGAUCUAAACGAGUGGGUUGCAGUUAACACUGUGGAUUUCUUCAAUCAGAUCAACAUGCUCUAUGGAACCAUCACAGACUUCUGUACAGAAGAGAGCUGCCCAGUGAUGUCAGCUGGCCCAAAAUAUGAAUAUCACUGGGCAGAUGGAACAAACAUAAAGAAGCCUAUUAAGUGCUCUGCGCCAAAGUAUAUUGAUUACCUGAUGACUUGGGUUCAGGACCAGUUGGAUGAUGAGACAUUGUUUCCAUCAAAAAUUGGUGUCCCAUUUCCGAAGAAUUUCAUGUCUGUGGCAAAAACUAUACUCAAACGCCUUUUUAGGGUUUACGCUCACAUUUAUCAUCAGCAUUUUGACCCUGUGAUCCAGCUUCAGGAGGAAGCACAUCUCAAUACAUCUUUCAAGCACUUUAUUUUUUUCGUCCAGGAAUUCAACCUUAUUGACAGAAGAGAACUUGCACCACUCCAAGAACUGAUUGAAAAACUCACCUCAAAGGACAGAUAAAAAGAUGUGGUGCUGUACAAGUUCUUUAAAUUAAGCUGUGCGGGAGAGUAUUUGGGGUUUUGUUGUAUUUUAUUUUUAUCUGGAUUGUUUUGUCUUGGGUUUGGCGGGCUUAUUUGUUUUUCUUUUUCUUUGAAAACAAUCUAUUUCUAGAGGAAGCUAAGACAAUUCUUUAUACAUUUGAUAGGAGUAGAUUUUUGUCUUAGUGGCAUACAGUAUUUCUUUGUUCUGACUUGGUUUUGGUUAUUUAGGAAUUUCUCAUAAUAUUGUGUGCUGAAAGAAAAUGCUUAUUGAUUGAACUGCUGAUAGAUGGGGGUUCUGUGUUGUGUAAAUUGUGGCCCAUUUUUGAAAUCCCAAAAGACUUAUGUUUUUAAGUGCCUUGGCAGGCUCACUUCUGAGGUGCAAAGCACAUAGAACUGAACAGGGCUCAAAACAAUAUUAGGAUUACUACCCAGGGCACUUACUGGUGCAUGUUGUAAAAAGCCAUAGUUUACCUAAAUUGAUGAUCUCCAGCUUUUACUACAUUGAAGAAACAUGAUUUGUAAAGGUGUGCAUGUAGAACAUAAAAAUUAAUAUUUCUUCAUUAUUUUUUAUAUUGACAGUAAUAUAUUCUGUUCAACAAAGCAUAAAGUUCUACAAGCAGGUCUUUUUCCAUCUCUUGAUAUCUGUGAUAUUGAAACUUGGAUGCUAAAAUGUCAUGCCUGUUACAUUUUGGCUUCUUUCUACAUGUAAACUGCACUGUAGAUGUAAUUCAGGUUACAUAUAGAAUUGCCAUCCUCAGAGGUGAUGCUGAACUGUGAGGUUUCUUAGCAAUUGCCAAAAUGAGCCAUAAGUCUGUAGAAUCCCCUCCUACUUUGAAGAGGAGGGGAAUAGACGUAGGUGUUUGGUUGGAGGGAUUAGUAGGUAUAGGAGUUGGGGAUGGGAUUCAGUAUGGGGAGUCAUGUUUUAGAAAGUCCUGUCUUAAAACCUUUGAAUAGAAUGGUGUGAAAGUUUUAAUCAAUGACAUAUAAACAAAGUCUUAGAGACUUCCUCUUAGGAAUCAACUUCCAUGAGAAGUUAAAAAUAAAUUAUUAAUUUUAGGUACAGACAUUAUUACAGACAUGGAAUUUAAGGACUGUUUAGGGGAAAUUGACCACUUUUUAGCAUUUCCAUUCAGUGAAUGGAUUUGGUGUUCGCCUAUCAUUUUAAAAUGAUACAGUAACUUCUUUGCUUAUUAUAGGUCCAGUUUGAAGUGUUGUGACUUCUGAUUUUUCCACUGGGAAAGGAAAUCUUUUUCUUUGCAGUGAUAAUAAACAAUGAAUAAUCUGAAUCAGUAGUUAUUAACUUUUACAUUUUAUUUGCUAUGACUUUUUAGUGAAUUAUUACCAUAAAUAACAAGUUCAGUUUAGACUGAAGAUUUUUUUUUUUCACUUCAGUUUAACGUUGAGAAAUAUUUUCAGGCUUGCAGUUUCAGUUUUUGUUAUUUCUGGUACAUCUGCUUCCUUCAGUUACAAACUUUUCCUUGUAGAAUAGAAAUGCUGGCUCUGAAAUUAUGUACAUUAAAAACAGUAAGAAAAGAAUCUAAAAUGAAAUCAGUUUGUUUUUGCUAUUCACAAGCAGUGAGUGAUACAUUAUAAUGCUGUUACAAUUAUGAUCACUAGAAACUGCCCUUUCUUCAUCUCUUUUUCCAUCAAUUACUCAUCAAAUACCAUAAAAAAAGUAACAGGAGAGCCUGGUGGAGGCAUAUAUAUUGGACACUUGCUGGCAAUGCUUUUUAAUAAACUGCAGUGACCACGAGCCAGCUGAUUUCCUUAAAACAAAUCUUUUUUAUCCAAAUAGAUCGUAUCAACCUCUUUGAGUUGACUCAGAAAUAAAAUAUGUCAAGUGGUUUUGAGUUGGAAAGUGAAGCACACGGUUAUUCAGAUAGUCUUCCUUACUGCAUUUGACUUCAUAUCAACCGAGUAACAAAGAGGUUGCAGUAGCCAAGUACAGAGAGAGUAGUGUAAAAAAAAAAAAAAGUAUACCUCCUAUUUUAAGCCUUAUAUAGUAGUACAUUAUAAAAGUGGAAAUUUUUCUCUAUAAAUUAAUGUUCAGUAGUAGGAUCUACUUUCCCACUGUGCGAAGAUAGGAGAUUGUUUUCACUGUGCCAGAAUUUCAGGUGCCUGCUUUUGAGUAUUCCUUUAUACCCAGUUAUUGGCAAGCAAGGAAAUAGAUGGGUGUGGAUACAUGGUAACAAAGUGCAGCAAUUCCCCAGGGACAAAAGGCUGGCCUUGUACAUAGUGCUACAUGGCUGUAAGCAAGGAAACGCUCACCAGAGCAUAUGAGAAAAAUCAUUGUUAAUGAAGAGUUGCUUUGGUUUGAUUAGUUCUC